AUGUCUCUUUCUUCUGACAUCCAACUUCCUCCAAGUCUCUUGAUCGGAACACCGGCAGAGCAGGUGUCCAAGAUAGAUCUGUACACGCGCCAGCUUCGAUGUUACCGCAACUCCCUCCUGUGGGUCUGCAGGUUCCCACCAGAAACUCUGGGACACAUCUUCGUUAGAUAUGUUGAACCAGAUCACGCGUUGGAGAAGCUAAAGACCGUCACCAGCGUUUGCCAACAUUGGCGCGACGUUGCUCUCAAUACUCCACGGCUGUGGGCUACCAUUGUCUUUCAUGGCGACCACGAUGUUUCUCGGGCAGAACUUUGGAUGGAGCGAGCUCGCGGUAUGCCUAUCGAAUGGCGCACGUCUGACAACGUUCGCCUGAAAGAGACAUCCGAAUCAUUCAAGCUCAUAGAGAAACUGCUUCGACAGCCAGCUCGAAUACAUCACCUUGAGCUCCCACUAUCGUCUAUCUGGAACGGCGAGAUCAUGUUCGCUGAUACCCUGGGUGCAUCUAAUGCCGCCCCACUCCUUCAUACCCUACAUCUCUCUUAUCAUGGCUUCGAAUUCGAUUCUUUCAUCCCCCACACGCCGUUCGGUGGAAACACUCCUAAUCUACGCAAUCUAUCGCUAUACCGCUGUGCUAUUCCAUGGACAUCGCCCAUCUUUUCUCAGCUACAGUCUUUGACUCUCAGCUCUCUUCCUCACCCGAUAACACCUACAGGCCAAGAACUUCUCGAUCUUCUCCGUGUCACGACUUCUUUGCAGGAACUACGGCUUCACUGGAGCCUCCCUCAAACUCCCAUAAGCCACUCGACAUGGACGUCCGACAACUCCAUCGAGCUUCCGUUCCUGCGCCACCUCUCCCUAUCUAAAGGCUCGUUCGACGGAUACAGCUUCCUCCUGCGAAACGUCCAGUUCCCUCCGAGCACCCACAUCCAGCUGUCGGGCAUCACGCUGGACCGCCCGCUCGGCGAGACGACGCUGCUGCCCCCGAAGGUAUUCAACAUACCCCAGUUCACGUCGCCCAUCACUCUCCAGGUCGGAUGGCUGGACACGUUCCACGUGCAGCUGCACACGCACCGCUGCCCGCGCCCGUUCUUCUCCGACCCCUCCAGCAAUGUGAUCCCGCAGUGCACCGGUCCCGGUAGUAUUGGUGGCACCGCCAACGAGCCCAGUUGGCCGUGCCGCAUCCGGCUCGACGCGUCCUUCGCGCUGGACUAUCUCCCCCCUGGCCAGGGCCUCUCGUUCGAGCCGCGCCUCGCCGCGCUGCUGUGCCGCGGCGUCCCGUUCGCGGUGUACAAUAUCGCGACGCUGUGCGUGUACACGCCGACGGAGGAGGCGGGCAGCGAGCGCGCGGUCGCGUGGGCGGAGCUGUUUGCGUGCGUGCCGCAGGUGCGCAGGCUGGAUGUGACGUUUCGGACGAGGUUUUUGAAGGAUGUGUUGCGUGCGCUGGAGCCGGGUGGGGAGGAGGACGGGCCGGGGGAUGGGGUGGGCGCGGGGACGGGGACGGGGACGGUGCUGCUGCGGGGGCUGGAGGAGGUGCAUCUGAGGCCGCAUAGGCACGAUGCGUAUCCUGUGCAGGAUUGUGCGCGGGUGUUAAGGGCGCGACAGGAGGCGGGGGCGAUGGUGCAGCGGCUGGUGAUAGAGCAGCAUCAGGAGAUGGCGCAGAGGGACAAACGCGAUCUGGAGAGGGUCGUUGGAGAGGUUAUAUACGCCCAUGCGCCGGACGAAAGAAUUCUAGCGUGGCUCGAUUGGCAGACGGGGUUCCAGUCCGCGGUGCAUGACCAUGACCAGUACUAG